CUGACAGGGUCGACGCAAAACCGGAAAUUUAGCAAUACAUUUCACACUGGUUCCUUAUUCAACCAUGUACAGUUUAUUUAAUGAAAUAUUCAACUUAUUGGGAAUUAGGGUCGUUUAUUUCUCGCUCUACAUCAGCCAUGGAUUCGCUGGUAAAAUGAAGAUUGUUGAGGAGCCAAACACCUUUGGGUUGAACAACCCAUUUAUGGCUCAGGGGAGCAGGCUGCAGCCUAAAGUCGCCCCAUCACCAGUAUCUGGCCCAGUUCACCUUCACCAUCUUGCUGGAAAGUGCUUCAGUCUCACAGAAUCAGCGUAUAAAUAUGAAUUCUGUCCAUUUCACAAUGUUACACAACACGAGCAAUCAUUCAGGUGGAAUGCCUACAGUGGAAUACUGGGGAUUUGGCAGGAAUGGGAAGUCACAAACAACACUUUUACCGGCAUGUGGAUGAGAGAUGGUGAUACCUGUGGAACCAGAAAUAGAGAAACAAAGGUGAUUCUGGUCUGCAGCAACACCACCAAGCUAUCUCAUGUCUCAGAGCCCAGUACCUGUGUUUACUCUCUAACCUUUGAGACACCACUCGUAUGCCAUCCACAUUCUCUUUUAGUGUACCCAACACUGAAUAACGAGCUACAAAAGGAAUGGGAUGAAACAGAGCAAGCUCGAUAUGAUGGUCUUAUUACAGAGCAGGGGUACAACAACCUCCUGAGGGAUAUUUUUGAGGAUUCUGGAGUCUUAAAGAGUCACAGAGUGAACGUCAGUCCACCCGCAGCUGAAGUAGUCUCAGAAAAGCACAACUCUUUACAGAAAUGUGAAGAGAACAAUAAAAGACAAAGAGAAGAGAUCAAGAGGCUGCGUGCUCUCCUCACCCAACACAACAUUUCUUUUGCGUCUCAGCCAGAUGAUGAAAAAGGUCCAGUGAGCGUGACAACUAAGGAUCAACACUUAAGAGGAGACACUGGUCUCAUUGAUCUGCUGUGAGAGACGGUGUUUGUUUAAAACCAUCCACCCUGGAACGGGAAUACAUUAUUAUUGUGACUGAUGGGCUGCAGCUUCAGUUUGGUUAGAGAGAAAAACAUUGCUGCAUCAGUUUGCUGCUUCAUGUUGGGUAGAUGCAGCCUCUUGUCCCUGAUGUGCCUUUAACGAAUCAUCUUAACGUCCACUCAACAUUACUGAGGAGCUAUUAAACGUGGGGGUUCAAGGAUGCAGCACGACAAAAUGUUUCCAAAGCAUGGGUCAUCUUUAUCGCUCUACUAAGGAUGUUUUUUAAGACUCUUCAGACUUUUCUUCUGAAUUUCUUGUCCAAAGUUCAGUUAUUUUUUAUUUUUGUGAUCUAUAACUUGCACCCAAACCACGCAUGAAGCAAAGGAAAGCUUCUCUUGCAUGUUUGAGUAUGAAGUGACAGCAUCUGACUAAUGGGUGUUUAUUUGUUGAACAGGGUCCAGCAUGAACCACUGACAUUUGGAGGUUUUCCAAAACGUGUUAAGUGUACCAUGAAUGUCAAAGUGAUCACAAGAUGUUAAAUAUAACACUUUUUGACUGCAAAUUUCCCAACAUACAGAAGAGGUGUAAGUUUUAUUUCCUUUACCAAUAAGAAGUUGUAUUUCAUUCUUCCAAUUUAAUCUCUUUGGAUCCUCACACACUUCACUAUUUUUACUCUAGUCGUACAUAAUGUGAGAAUUAAAGGAGGACUGGACCAUCUGCAUGUUGUCUAAACCGAAUGCAAUCAGAACGACGACACCGAAAGACAAAACAGUCGACACAGCUGUAAAACACCCAGAUUGUGGCUGCUCUAUUAAAAUCUCUGCUGUGAAGAAAGUCUCGUCUUCGUUUCAGCCGUUGUCUCAACAGGAAACAGGGAUGUACAAAAUGAGAAGUGAGCAGACAGGAUCAGUUUUCUUCUGAGGUGACCCUCAUUACAUUCAUUUAAAGCUGAACCUCUUCAGUCUGAAGCUGAUUUACAGGAAGUGUGAACAUUACCAAAAAGUAGGUUAAAGCUAGUUUAAAAUGAUGACAAGCAUUAAAUUAAUAUAUUGUAACUCCAGUUUGUGUUGCUUUAAUUUCAAGUGUCAUUACAGGUUUUACACAAUAAAAGCUGGUAGGAAAUGUUA